GGAGGGGUCUCUGGAUCAGCGGCCGGGGAGCCGCCCAGAGACUCGGUUUCUAGCCAGGAUUUCAGGGGGGCCCCUCAGUGAGGGCAGACGUCAGCCUAGCCGCACUUCCUAUGCAAGCAGAGCUCAGAAAACCCGAAAAUCUGCAAAGAGAGCGAAGCCCAGGAGGAGGAAAGGGCUCCAAGGAACCCUGUGGCACUGGGUCCCCUCAGGCACUGGUGGAGACCUGUGACUCAGUAGCAAGAACAAAAUUGGAAAUGUUAGCUUCACCAGAAGCUAAGGGCCUUGUCCCCUUCACUAGAGAGUCUUAUGAUCUUAUCAAACAACGUAUUGCUAAAAAUCACAAUGAGGAACAGGAAGAAGAGGAUUUAAAGGCAAACCCUGAUUUGGAAGUUGGCAAAAAGCUACCAUUAAUUUAUGGAAACCUUUCUCAAGGAAUGGUGUCAGAGCCCUUGGAAGAUGUGGACCCAUAUUACUACAAGAAAAAAAAUACUUUCAUAGUAUUAAAUAAAGACAGAACAAUCUUCAGAUUCAAUGCUUCCUCCAUCUUGUGCACAUUGUCUCCUUUCAGUUCUAUUAGGGGAACAACUAUCAAGGUUUUGGUACAUCCCUUAUUCUGCCUGUUAAUUUUAAUUAGUGUCCUGAUUGAUUGCAUAUUUAUGACCAUGACUGAUUUGCCAAAAUGGGGACCAGCAUUAGAGAAUACUUUGCUUGGAAUUUAUACAUUUGAAAUAAUUAUAAAACUCUUUGCAAGAGGUUUCUGGGCAGGAUCAUUUUCUUUCCUUGGUGAUCCGUGGAACUGGCUUGACUUCAGCGUGACUUUGUUUGAGUUUAUAACAAAAUGUAUACCUCUACACUACAUUCUAAUGCUUCAGAAGGCAAGAACCUUGAGAAUUUUGAAAAUUAUUCCUUUAAACCAAGGUCUGCGGUCCCGCAUGGGGACCCUGAUCCAUUGUUUGAAGAAACUGACAGGCGCCAUUAUCUUAACUCUAUUUUUCCUGAGUGUAUUUUCUCUAAUUGGAAUGGGGCUCUUCAUGGGCAACCUGAAGCAUAAAUGUCUGUGGUGGCCCCAAGAAAAUGAAAAUGAAACCCUGCCCAACAGAACUGGGAAUCCGUACUACAGUCGAGAAACAGAAAGCUUUUAUUACUUGGAAGGAGAAAUAAAUGCCCUCACUUGUGGUAACAGAACAGAUGCUGGUCAGUGUCCUGAAGGCUAUGUGUGUAUAAAAGCUGGCAUAAAUCCUGAUCGUGGUUUCACAAAUUUUGACAAUUUUGGCUGGGCCUUAUUGGCCCUAUUUCGGUUAAUGACGCAGGAUUUCCCUGAAAACCUUUAUCACCAGAUACUUUAUGCUUCCGGAAAAGUCUACAUGAUAUUUUUUGUUGUGGUAAGUUUUUGGUUUGCCUUUUAUAUGGCAAGUUUAUUCUUGGGCAUACUUUUUAUGGCCUAUGAAGAAGAAAAGCAGACAGCUACUGACAAUACUAACAAGACUGAACCAAACUUUCAAGAGACUGCAGAAGAACUUCAACAAGGAAAUGAAGCAGCUGAGACCACAACCACAAGAAUAGAAAUGAAGAAAAAGUCACCAACUUCCACAAAUGUAUCUUUGGAUAUGUUGGAAGAUGCUACCCUCAGAGAUAAAGAAGAACUUAAAAAAUCCAAGAAGAAAUGCCCAUUGUGUUGGUAUAGGAUUGCAAAACUUUCCCUGAUAUGGGACUGUUCUCCUUGUUGGUUGAAAUUGAAAGAGUUUGUUCACGGGAUUAUAAUGCACCCAUUUACUGAGCUUGUCCUUGCCUUAUGCAUAAUUUUAAAUGUAUGUUUUUUGGCCUUGGAACAUUAUCCAAUGAAUGAAGAAAUCAACAAUCUUCUCAGCAUUGGAAACCUGGUUUUUAUUGGAAUAUUUACAGCAGAAAUGAUUUUAAAAAUAAUCGCCAUGCAUCCAUAUGAGUAUUUUCAAGUAGGUUGGAACAUUUUUGAUAGUAUAAUUGUGUUCCUUGGCCUAAUAGAACUUUACCUAGCAAAUAUUCAAGGAAUCUCUUUUUUUCGAUUAUUCAGGAUGUUGAGGAUUUUCAAGUUGGGGAAAUAUUGGCCAACAUUUGAGAAUCUGAUGCUGACUCUCAUCAACUCACUGGCGGCCCUGGAGGACCUGGUUCUGCUGUUGUUCACGUUCAUCUUCUUUUCUGCUGUACUUGGCAUGAAGCUGUUUGGUCAGAGUUACGAAGAAGGUGUCUGUCGCAUAGACAGAGACUGUCUGGUCCCACGCUGGCACAUGUAUGACUUCCUCCACGCCUUCCUGAAUGUGUUCCGCAUGCUCUGUGGAGAGUGGAUAGAGACCUUAUGGGACUGCAUGGAGGUAGCAGGCCGAGCUUGGUGUAUUUCUUUUUAUAUGAUGGUCAUUUUAAUUGGAAACUUCUUGAUACUUUACCUCUUUCUGGCCUUGGUGAGCUCAUUUAGAUCAUACAAAGCUGCAACAACUGAAAAGAACAAUGAAACAAAAAAUCUCCAGCUUGCCCUGACAAGAAUCAAAACAGGAAUAAACCACGUGUUUCUUAAAAUAUUAUGCAAAAAACAAACUAUUCCGAAGGAGACAUUGGACCAUGCCCUUUCUGAAUUGAGCAACACCCAAGAUUUCCUCACGGAUAAGGAAAAACACAGUGGCACAGAGAAAACCACAGUGACGGAAAAUGAGAGUCAGUCACUUGUCCCCAGUCCUAGUGUCUCAGAAACUGUGCCAAUUGCUUCGGGAGAAUCUGAUAUAGAGAAUCUGGAUAAUAAAGAGAUUCAGAGCAAGUCAGGUGAUGGAGGCAGCAAGGAGAAAAUAAAGCCAUCUAGCUCAUCUGAAUGCAGUACAGUUGAUAUUGCUAUUUCGGAAGAAGAAGAAAUGGUCUGUGAACGUGACAGGCCAAAGCAUCUUAAAAAUGGUGACAGACGGACAUCUUCACUUGGUCAAAUCGGUAGAGAAUCCAAGAAAGGAAAAAUCUGGCGGAACAUAAGGAAAACCUGCAUAAAAAUUGUAGAGCAUGAAUGGUUCAAGUGUUUUAUCAGCCUCGUCACUCUGCUCAGCACAGGCGCUCUGGUUUUUGAGGAUAUAUAUAUUGAUCAGAGAAAGACUAUUAAAAUUUUAUUAGAAUAUGCUGACAUGAUCUUCACUUACAUCUUUAUUCUGGAAAUGCUUCUGAAGUGGAUGGCUUAUGGUUUUAAAGCCUAUUUCUCUAACGGCUGGUACAAGCUGGACUUCAUGAUUGUUAUUGUAUUUUGCCUUAGCUUAAUAGGCAAAUCUCAAGAAGAACUAAAACCACUUACUUCCAUCAAAUUCCUUCGGGCACUCAGAAUUCUAUCUCAAUUUGAAAGAAUGAAGGUGGUUGUGAAAGCUUUGAUAAAAACAACUUUUCCAGCUUUGAAUGUGUUUCUUGUCUGCCUUAUGAUCUGGCUGGCUUUUAGUAUCAUGGGAAUAAACUUACUUGCUGGCAAGUUCUAUGAAUGCAUUGACCCAACCAGUGGAGAAAGGUUUCCUAUAUCUAAAGUCGCAAAUAAAAGUCAAUGUGAACGCCUUGAAUUUAAUGAAUCCAUGCUGUGGAAAAAUGCAAAACUGAACUUUGAUAAUGUUGGAAAUGGUUUCCUUUCUCUGCUGCAAGUAGCAACCUUCAAUGGGUGGAUUGAUAUUAUGAAUUCAGCAAUUGAUUCUGUUGAAGUAGAUAUGCAGCCAGAUUUUGAAUUCAACAUCUAUAUGUAUUGUUACUUUAUCAGCUUUAUUGUAUUUGGAUUAUUUAUCCCUUUGAGUAUGCUGAUCAGUGUUAUCAUUACAAAUUUCAACAAGCAUAAAAUACAGCAGGGAGGAGCAAAUAUCUUUAUAACAGGACAACAGAGGAAACAGUACCGUGUACUAAAGAAGCUGAUGUGUGAAGACUCUCAAAGACCAAUACCUCGCCCAAGAAAUAAGUUUCAAGGAUUCAUUUUUGACUUGGUAACAAAUCCUGCUUUUAAUGUCAUCAUUAUGGUUAUUAUCUGUCUCCAAGCAAUAAUCCUUACAAUAGAAAGUGAUGAACAGAGUCCUGAAAAGGAAACUGCUCUCUACUGGAUUAACUCAACUGUUGUUCUGCUAUAUGCUAUAGAAUGUGUGCUGAAGCUCAUCUCUUUUCAUUGUUAUUAUUUCACCGUUGGAUGGAACAUUUUUGAUUUUAUGGUGGUCAUUUUCUCCACUACAGGACUACUUCUGCCUAUGACAGUAGGCCACUUCAUUGUGCCUCCUUCCCUGGUGCAGCUGAUACUCCUCUCACGGAUCGUUCACAUCCUGCGCCUUGGAAAAGGACCAAAGGUGUUUCAUGAUCUAAUGCUUCCCUUCCUGCUGUCCCUCCCAGCCCUGCUGAAUCUCAGUCUUCUCAUCUUCCUGGUCAUGUUUGUCUACGCCAUCUGUGGAAUGUACAACUUUGCCUAUGUUAAAAAGGAAGCUGGAAUUAAUGAUGUGUCUAAUUUUGAAACCUUUGUCAGCAGUAUGCUCUGCCUUUUUCAAGUUACAAUAUUUGCUGGAUGGGAUGGGAUGCUGAAGGCAAUUUUCAAAAGUGAGUGGUCUGACUGUGAUCCUGAUAAAAUUAACCCUGGAACUCAGGUUAGGGGAGACUGUGGUAGCCCCUCCGUUGGGAUUUUUUAUUUUGUCAGUUACAUCCUCCUAUCAUGGCUGAUUAUUGUCAACAUGUACAUUGUUGUUGUCAUGGAGUUUUUAAAUAUUUCCUCUAAGAAAAAGGUUAAGACCUUAAGUGAAGAUGAUUUUAAGAGAUUCUUUCAGGUGUGGAAGGAGUUUGAUCCUGAUAGGACCCAGUACAUAGACUCUAGCAAGCUUUCAGACUUUGCGGCCUCUCUUGAUCCCCCUCUUUUCAUGGCAAAACCAAACAAGAGCCAGCUCAUUGCUUUGGAUCUCCCCAUGGCUGUUGGAGACAGAAUUCAUUGCCUUGACAUCUUACUCGCUUUUACAAAGAGAGUUAUGGGUAACGAUGUGAGGGUGGAGAAAAUCCUCUCGGAGAUAGAAUCAGGGUUCAUGUUAGCCAAUCCUUUUAAGAUCACAUACGAGCCAAUUACAAGUACUCUGAAGCGAAAACAAGAGGCCGUUUCAGCGACGAUCAUUCAGCGUGCUUAUAAAAACUACCGCUUGAGGCAACAGGACAAAAACACAAUAAAUAUCCCUCAGAGAGAUGCCGAUAGAGAUGUUCAAGCUACCAAAGAAGGUGUCUACUCUGACAAAGCUGAGGAAAAGUCAACUAUUCAAAGCCAGACCUAAUCCCACUUGCCACCUCUUUACCUUCUUCAUAUAGCUCCAAAAUUGGAUGUUAAAAGUGUAAAUCAGAAAUUUAUAAAAAGAUCAGAGAAAGCAGAGAUAAUAAUCUCUUAUUUAUAAGCCAUGGAAGUUAAGCUUGUAUUCAUAAGACUCUGUGCUAAAUUCACUUUUUUGACACUAUGUAUUCAGUCUGACCAAACAGGAAAUACAACUCCGUAAUAUCACUGCAAUGAUUUAAAGUGGCCUGAGGUUUCCAUUUGGCAAUCCAAUCUUUGUUUUCUCUACGUGGCAUAUGGUGUGUCCCUCUUCUGGAGAAUAGGGGAAGGUGAUGAGAGAGAUUACAACAAAAGGGCCCUUCUUCCAUAUUUUAUUUCUAAUUUAGUGAGCUUCCAGGCUCACUUAGUUAUAAAUCAACAGAUAUUUUCUUAAUAUGGGAUGGUGAAAUGCUAUAGGCCAUUAAACCAUACACUUGCCUAAACAAAUACCAAUCAGGGGAAGAGAGAGGGUAGUUCUUUAGAAAGUGCCUUUGAAAUCAAUGACAGAGACUGUUAGGCUGGUUGAAACCACAUGGAAAAGGAUUGGUUGAAGUUCCAAGUUCAUUUUUGUUUUUUCUUGUUUUAUUCUAAUUAUUGGUACUGAAAUUAAUGUUGUUUGUUGUUCUCUGGCUUCUGUUUUCUCAUUCUUUGGAUAGUUCUAUCUAAGCUCUGGCUCUUGAACAGGAUAAAUCCAUAAAACAAGAAACAUAAAGGAAAGUACAGCUAAGGUACUAUAUUUUAGUACCUUAAAAUAUAAAGUAAUCUAUAUUUUCUUCAUUUUCCUCUCACUUACACUUCAUUAAAAGUAUACACAUCACUAAAAUAAUGUAUUGAUUAAACGUUAACAGACUCAAGCUUUACCCUAUGAUAAAACUGAUGUUUUUUUGUUUUGUUUUGUUUUUUACUGUUUAUCCCUAUUGUACCAGUGAGUAUGUAAGAUCUGGUCAUAAAUAACCUAAGAGUUCAGAGCUACCAUUAUGUCUAGGAACAUUCACAGUGUUUUGAGAGUUAUUUGAGAAACUGUGGCCACUUUAAAGUUUCACUAUACUUUAUAUUUCUUUAUUACUCAGAGAAGGAAGAUGAUCAAAGUCUGAGGACUAUGAAUGACAAGAUAAAAGUGUAAGAUUUUUGUUGUUUUAUAACAUUAGUGUAUAUAAGUUCGUUUUCACUUACACAUUUAUUAUUCCAAGAUUUUUUUAUUUUUGUCUCAUCACAAACAUAAUUACCCUAAAUAAUGUUAUAUUCUCAAAAAAACUUUAACAUCCUGGACAUUAGUUUUCACUAUUGAAAUCAUCUAUAAAGGAUAGGCACAAAGAGUUGUUGUUCAGCUUCUUCAUAUCAAUGCAGUCAUUUACCUCCAUGUAGUUUGAGUUUCUAUUAUUUACUCCAUCUCUAUGAUGAUUGAUUUCAAUGUGCCUAGAAAGUCCUAAGAGAGUCAAAAGGAACAUCUGUAUGCUACUGACUCAAAAUGACAUCCUUUAAAUAUAUUGAUAUUCAAUUACAUUUGUGUACCAGUAAUUAUAUUUCGUUUUGAAUGCAUUAUCUUGAGCCUUAACUGUUACAAUAUUUUUCUGCUCCUCAGAAAAGUAAUAACCUUACCAAGUUGCCUUUGGGGGAUCCCCUAAUUAAAUGUAAUUUCAGGAUUCUGUUUCUAUAAGCUUUUGUCUUUUUCCCCUCCUGCUCUCCGUGUGAUGGAGACCAGAGAGGAAUCAGUGUUUACUUGGUGACAGUGUGGCAGAUGGUGCUUUGUCUAAGCUUCUCAGUUUUCCAUUUCGGGGAAAUACAUUAAUGUAGAAACUGCUUCAGAUACUUAACUGAGUCAUAACUUGCUUCUGUAAAUUCCAUAAGGACAACAAACUGAUUUUACUUUGAAAAUCAUAGCUUUUAAGUAUAAAUUAGGUUUACCUUCUAAAAAUUGUAAAGAAUUAUUUUUAAGAAAGUCUUACAAUAUAUCUUACUUUUUAGAUAUUAUAAGAAAUAAUAAAUACAACCUGUUAAUCACACUAAGCUUUGUUUUGUUUUGUUUUCUUAAUUUUUAUUUGAUAAGCCAGAACGGGACAGUAAUAGAAUUUUUUAAAAUAAGCUUUACAUUAAAGUUUAUUCAUUUAUGCUAAAAAUUCAAACCUGGAAACACUUGUGUUUACUUAUAUCAACUUAAUUUUAUGAAAUAAAUGUUAGUUUAUCAGAGUCCCCUAGACAUUGACAGAAUGUACGAAGCACUUUUCUUAUUAAAAUCUUCACUGUAAUUUCACUGGGUAUGGUACACUGUAUUUCACUAUUAUUAGAAUUUGCUUUAUGAAAGAUAGUGGUGAGGUUAAAUUUAUUGAUACACUACUAUUAUUAAUUUCCACUUCUUCAAUUUUUUCUGUUUCACUAAUAAAUAUAAUAAAUUUGAAGUAAUUUUUAUUUAUUUUUUUCAAAUUAAUGUGAGGUUACAAAUUUUUAGGUUACAUUGUUCUCACUUCCAAGGAAAAGUUCAAGUUGUUGGAGAGCAUUUUACUCACAGGGCAUGCUGAACACCCUCAUAUUGUACAUGUUGGGUGAGAUCCCACCAAUUACUCUCUUUCAUCCUGCUGAUAACCCUCCCUACCCCUUGCUAGACUAUAUUUGUGUUUUGUCAUUCACAUGGGCAUCUAAUUGUUUAUAUAUUAGUAUUGAGUACGUUGGAUUAUUUUCCAUUCUUGAGAUAUUUUACCCAGAAGAAUGUGUUCCAACUCCAUCCAGGUAAACAUAAAAGAUGUCAAGUAUCCAUCUUUUCUUAUGACUAGAUAGUAUUACAUGGUAUACAUACGCCACAGUUUGUUAAUCCAUUUGUGGAUUGAUGGCCAUUUGGUUGCUUCCAUAACUUGGCAAUUAUGAAUUGAGCUGCA